CAGAGCUGCACACCAGGGCGCGCACACACACACGCGCUCACACACACAUCAGCGGCAGCAGCAGCAGCAGCGGCACCUUCACUGGGAGAAUCCGUCCAGCAGCAGCAGCAGCAGCAGCAGCAGCCUAUCAAUAAACACACCGCUGUACAUCCCACCUUUAGCGUCUUUAAAGAGAAGCACACAUUUGUGGAGAACUCUCUCUCCCACACUAGCAGCAGCGGCAGCAGCAGCACCGUGAGGCGAGAGGAGAGCAGGAGAGAGGAUCCUCUCUCAAACACGAAAACAUCAACACGCCGCCACAGCUGAGCGAGGCGAGCCGAAUACGUCAUCGUUAUUAAUCUGGACUUUUCCUCGCGUCCAGGCACAUACUUACAUCUGUAGCCUAGUGUGGUUUAAACUCAGCCUAGAGUCGGUCUUAGUCUCUCUAGUAGGGCUACCCGCUCUAAGCAGCCUCGUCUCGUUUGUUCGCGUUCUGUUUUAAAGCUAGUUUGCUCGUAGCUGACUUUUUACAGUAACGGUAGAAAAGAGAAGAGAGAUAUUUCUGGCGUGCACAGGUAAAAGACAGACUAAAAACCUAUUUUCGACUGAAAUAUUGAACUACUUCGCACUUUUUAAAAGAUUAUUUUACGUACACACUAACGCAGCACGUCCGGCCAAGUUAGUUCACGGGUUUGUUUUCAUUUUGGCUUCGCUUGCUAACACUGAUCCGGUAUUUUUUCAGCUAGCUAAGCUAAAGAAAAGUUCCCUUCGAACGAAAGUUUGUUUGUUUUUGGUUGGACUACAUAUUGUCUGUCAACUUUUUCAAUCCGUAUUCCAACUUUGAGUGAAGUUUUAGCGUGUUUUGUUUCUGGUUAUGGCGAAAUAGCCCGUCGUUGCGUUUACACGCAGAGAGGAGACGCUAGGUCAAAAGUUUUAGCCAAACACGCCUGAAAAAAUAAACACAAACAGCAGCAGCGGCAGUGUUGGUCCGUCCUCCUCCUCCUCUCCCAGCACUGACCCCCUGCUAAAUCCCAGUCCGUAGCAUGGCCGGUGAGCUGGUUGUGAGCGUCACUGAUGGGAUUGUGUUGUGACUCGCUGUGCCGGACUGCACGCUCUACUCUCACACACGCACACGGACUCGGCUCACGCUCCACUCCCUUGCGCGGGGAUGAUCAGGAUCUUCCCGGAUUUCAGCGUUCAGGUGACGGCGGCAGCAGGUGGCGCGGCCGGGGGGAUGCCGGCAGCCUCAGCCGUGGGGAGAGUCCCCGGUGCAACUAACGGGAACCCGCAAAACGUCCAGGGCUUGGCGUCGUACCAACAAAGCGACCCUUACUGGGAGAGGCCAGCUAAUGCCAGCUCCUGUUCAGCCACUAGGCCCAAGACACUUCACCUUGGAGGGCAACAACAUACCUCAUCACCAUGGUUGCAGGCUCUGAGGAAGGAGAAGUCUCGUGAUGCAGCACGCUCGCGGCGGGGGAAGGAGAACUUUGAGUUCUAUGAGCUGGCCAAGAUGCUGCCACUCCCGGGUGCCAUCACUAGCCAGCUGGACAAAGCCUCCAUCAUCCGGCUCACCAUCAGCUACCUGAAGAUGAGGGACUUCGCGAACCAGGGGGACCCACCAUGGAACCUGCGCAUUGAAGGACCACCACCCAACACCUCAGUUAAAGCUAUCGGGUCCCAGCGGAGGAGGAGCCCGAACGCAGUCGCCGCAGAAAUCUUCGAGCCUCACCUGGGCAGCCACAUCCUGCAGUCCCUGGAUGGAUUCGUAUUUGCACUAAACAAGGAGGGGAGGUUUUUGUACAUCUCAGAGACCGUGUCCAUAUACCUGGGGCUUUCACAGGUGGAGUUGACGGGCAGCAGCGUGUUUGAUUAUGUUCACCCGGGUGAUCAGGUGGAGAUGGCAGAGCAGCUGGGGAUGAAGCUUCCUCCAGGCCGGGGGUUGCUGUCUCAGGGAGGCGGGGCUGAGGACGGGGCAAGCUCAGCUUCCUCCUCCUCCCACUCUGAAACCCCAGAGCCAGUGGAGUCUAGCAGUCCCAGCCACCUCUCUCCAGAUAACUCUCUGGAGCGCUCCUUCUUCAUCCGAAUGAAGUCCACACUGACCAAGAGAGGCGUUCACAUCAAGUCCUCCGGCUACAAGGUGAUCCACAUCACGGGCAGACUGAGGAUAAGAAUGGCGCUAACACACAAUCGCAAUGUGCCCAAUCAGAUCAUGGGCAUGGUGGUGGUCGCCCAUGCUCUCCCUCCACCCACCUUAAACGAAGUUCGCAUCGACUGCCAGAUGUUCGUCACACGGGUCAACAUGGACCUCAACAUCGUCUACUGUGAAAAUAGAAUUAGUGACUACAUGGACCUGACACCUGUGGACAUCAUAGGGAAGAGAUGUUAUCACUUCAUUCAUGCAGAAGAUGUGGAGGGCAUUCGGCAUAGUCAUUUAGACUUGAUGAACAAGGGCCAGUGUGUGACCAAAUACUACCGCUGGAUCCAGAAGAAUGGAGGCUAUAUCUGGAUCCAGUCCAGUGCCACCAUCGCCAUUAAUGCCAAGAAUGCCAACGAGAAGAACAUCAUCUGGGUCAACUAUGUGCUUAGUAAUCCAGAAUACAAAGACACGCCCAUGGACAUCGCACAGCUUCCAAACCUGCCAGAGAAAGCCUCCGAGUCCUCAGAAACGUCUGACUCAGAGUCCGACUCUAAGGAGAACUCUGAAGACAAUGAGAACUCCAAGACAGAUGGGAAGGGAAAUCAGUCUUCAGAGCACAGUGAGGACCCAGAGUCGGACAGCAAGAAGCACGCAGGUCGGCCGUCAGAACAGGAGAUGAGGCGGCAGGAAGAGGGUGACAGUUCCAGUAACCCCGAGAGCCAGGACAGCGAGGACAGCCUGGAGCCAUCAGACUGCGAGCCUGAGCGCAAAGAUGGGCGGCUGGCCCAACUAGGUGGCCUGCGCAUCAAAGUGGAGCGAUACGGUGAUGGAGAUGGGGCAGAGCUCCGGGACUCUCUCUCGUCCUCCUCUGAAGAGGAAGAGGAUGAUGAUGAGGAAGAGGAGGAUGAAGAUGAGACUGGCAUGAAAGAUUGCAACAGUGGUGGGGAGCUGAGUGGCCCAGCAGUGAGCAAACACCAGAGAAGGAAGAAGAGGAGGAAAAAGCAGCAAAAGUGGGAGGGCAGUCGCCAGCGGCUGCGGCUUUCACCCCCAGCUGCUGCCACACCGAGCCCCGGUAGCCUAGACCCUGCUUUGGGUGAGCAGCCCCCCUUGCUUCCACCACCCUCCCCCGCCACUGCUUCUGUGCUCAAGAUCAAGACGGAGAUGGCUGAACCCAUCAACUUUGAUAACGACAGCAGCAUCUGGAACUACCCACCCAACCGCGAGAUUUCCCGCAAUGAGUCACCGUACAGCAUGACCAAGCCCCCGGCCACCCAUGAAACCUUCCCUUCCCCCCAACACACCGGCCUUCAGGUGGCCAUCCCAGACUCAGUCCUCACACCACCCGGCACUGAGGGUGGAGCAGGCAGCCGGAAGCCUAACUUCACCAAUAACAGUAACAGUAGCAGCAACAACAACAGCAACAGUGCCCCCAAUUCAGCUUCCAGCUCAGCUUCUGCAAGCCUGGCUCCACCCCCUUCCAACUCUGCAACCACUGACCCCCUCUCUCCCCCUCUCUCAGCCUCACCACGGGACAAGCAGCAGGGCACGCCCACCUCACAGGGUUCCUUACUCUACAGCAGUGACCUGGAGGCCCUACAGCGGCUGCAGCAGGCAGGGAACAUGGUGCUUCCUCUGGUGCACCGGGUCACGGCCACCAGCACAGCAGCUGCCCCACGUGUCUACACCACUGGCACCAUCCGCUACGCACCAGCUGAUGUUACACUGGCCAUGCAGGGUAACCUGCUGCCCAAUGCCCACGCCGCCGCAGCCGUCAACUUCGUGGACAUCAACGGGCCCGGCUUCGGCAUCGACCCCAAGACGCCCAUGGAGAUGCUGUACCACCAUGUGCACCGGCUCAACAUGUCCGGACCGUUCGGAGGUUCAGUUAGCGGGGCCGGACUCACACAGAUGCCCGCCGCCAAUGUCUUCACCACAGCCGAGGGACUCUUCUCCACUCUGCCCUUCCCUGUAUACAGCAAUGGCAUCCACACCACGCAGACUCUGGAGCGCAAAGAGGACUGAAUGCAAAACUCCAAGACCAUAUUACUGUGUUCAACUGUGUUUAAAAGGACUCUUUUAGAGGCAUAAGACUGUGUUUCAAGUUGGGGGGAAAAAAUGAAAUGUUCUAGCACUUUGAAUUUCAAGCAAUCGCGCUUGUGUAAUUGAAACAAAUGUUUUUUUCUUCUGUCUUCUCUCUGUCUUUCUUUUUCUUCUGCGUCCUCUUCUUCCUCUUUCUCUCUCUUUUCCCUAGUUGUCAAUGACAUCUUCUCUAAACAAACUAAACAGACUCGUCUCUAUUUUGGAGAGCUCCUUUGAGCCACAGAGAACUCGCCAUCCUGUGCUGUGUGGUUUCUCUGUGGUGAAACAAGGCAUACUUUUGACUUCCUUAUGUUACAUCCUUACCAGGAUGUCUUGGAUAUUUAAAGGCAAUUCAAAAAGGAGAUUGACAUGAAAAGAAACUUCUUGUUUUUAUCAAUAUCUUGAUGUGAUCAAGGUUGGCGCAGACAAAAGGAUGUUACCCUGUUUGAUGUAGUUGAAAGGGUUUUAGGGUUCUUUCUUAACGAGGGAAUAGUAUUUUAGAAAUAAUGCUUUUCUUCGUUUUUUAUAGCUCAGAUUUAACUUACAAAUCAUGCAUUUAAAAAAAAGCAAUUUUAGCCGGGUAUUGACCUGUGAACAGAAUGUUACUAUAAACUCCCAGGACUUUGGAACAGGUCAGUGUGAGAUUCCUCCAGUUUCUUCAUCUUCUUUUUGCAGUUCCAUGGUGCUAACAUCAACUAACCCUCACUCAGCUGGCUGAUGUAGGUACUGUUCCAGAGCUCAGCAUGAAUGAAGGCUUGAGAGAUUUUCUACUGAAAAGUUGAACCUCUAACAGACGAGUUUAUUUUUCUUGCGUUCACCCCCCAGAGAGCGGAGAAUGGUCUGGCAGUGACUCAAUCUAAUUGAGUCAGGAAAGAGAUUUGGAGCAGGUUGAUUCUGUUUGUACUUUUUAAGUGAAUCACUUCUCUCAGUGUAACUGAGGCUAAUUUUUGCGUUGUAAACUUGAAGAUGAAUGUGAAACUCUAACUCUUCCGUCAGAGUUUUUUUUUCUUUCUUUCUCCCUCUUAACAUUGGAAGCCUAGUACCUUUUCCUAUCAGUCUCCCAAAUCCAGUGUCCCUACAUCCUUCAUGAACUCUGGAAACCACAUAUCAAGGAGAUUGUAAUAUGGACAUGCAUUUUCAAUCAAAAAUGUGUUUUGAGAAAUCACAUUCCUAAUUUUUUUCCACUGUUGCCAAAAAAAUUGUCACAGUUUGGUGUUAAAACACUGUGAAUUGUCGCUUGAAAAAAAAAAGAAAGAAAAGUAAUAAAAAGGAAGAAACUGUCACUUCAUCCUUUGGCAGCCGUCCAUCAAGUCAUCUAUUACCAAGCGUGAUAACCGUAAACGUGUACAAUGUGUAAGUGUCAUUGGCUGUCAGUCUCCAUAGCAAUUUCAGUGUGUGUUACUAUAUGCAGUAUAUGCCGAGCUGAUGUAGCUGUUUCGUCCUUUGUCCUCUCUGUGCUAGUGUGGGCUUGGACGGGGGAACGCUAGUUCUCCCUCUCCUCCCCCCCUACAGUCUUAGUGAACCAGUGGAGGUUAGUGGAUUUUGUGUGGUGGCCUUCCAAUGUAGUGUCACCUUUUUGCUGCUUCCUUUUGUCUGUAUUACUUUUCUGUUCCUGCUAUUGCUUUGCUGUCGUGUAGUCUACAGACCUCUCUCUUUCUCUCAGAGAUAAAAGACUCUUAACUAGCUCAAAGGUUUAAGGAGCCAUUUUUUGCCACUGAGGAAUUCUGGGAUUGCAGUUUCCAGCUCCAAACUGAUGAGGAUAAAAACUGAAGUAGCAUUUAGACCUAACGUCUAAACUGGAACCUCAAAGGCCCAAGUUGUGAAACACUCCCAGAGUCCCUUGUGCUUCUCGUGUGCAUUGGGUGUAUUUCAUUGGUUUCCACCAAACCUGUUGACUUCAAGGACCCUGCAACUCACAGGACAAUAAAAAAAGAUCAUGGUAGUAUUUCAGGACAAUAAACAAUUUUAAAGAUUUCUAAAGAGAUGAAAAGAAAAGAAUUUCGCACUAUAAAAUCUAUUUUUAUAGGUGUUUUGGAACUGCAUGUUUACUAAGUUGAUUGUUUGGUUUACUUGAUUUUCUUCGGUCCAGCAGCUUUGUCAGCGUUCAGUGUUUUUUAGUCUGUCCAGCAAAGGAAAGGGGGAGCCUUUUGUCUUUUUACUGAAUCGGGCUACUCCCGUACAUCAGGAAACUCGUGUCUGUGGUUUCUGUGCAGAUGUGUUGUUACUCUAACCCAGGUCAUGAUAUCAAUGUUUUUAAAAACGGUAGCGGGGCUUGCUGUUGGAGCAGUUGCAGGAGAGCUUGGUGUCACCACUGGAGGUCAGCGGGAAACUAGAGUUUAGCGUUUUCUACAUUGCAGCGCAAAGCCGUGUUGGGGCGGGGGCAGCUCAAAAACAGACACUGUGGACCAGGAAAUACACCCAUAUGUUACAAACUGAACAGCCGGGCGAGCUGUCUCAAUGUUUCUGUGUUGUGUCAAAAUGAUUGCUGGUGAUUUAAUCUAAAACUAAUCUCAGCUGCUGUCAGAUAAAUAGUGUUUAAAAAUUACAAUAUGAAAAAUCACUUCAUUACCUGUGAAAACUGUGUCUGUGUUUUUAACUAUUUCUUGUACAAUUAUACAGAUUCUUUUAUGAGGAACUUGGUGCCAAGUAGAUGAAUACGGGAGAAAGGGAUUCUCUUAGUAUCAAUGUUAACAGUGUUAUAAAUUCUAAAUACAAACAAAUUAAAAUAUUAAAAAGAGAAAACUAUGGUACAUUUUUAUUUUAUGUUUGUUUUUUGUUUUGUUUUUUUCCAAAAAAAGGAAACAUAACUAACUGAAGCUAACUGAGUGCCUGGCUUAUUUUUUGAGAAACAUCUUUUUUUUUUCAUUUACCAUGAAUAAUGCUGCAAUUCUGAAAUGUACAUACUUCAUUUUACAACAGGGUUAUUUUAUACUUUUGUAGGUUUUCAUCAGUUUAAGCAAACAUGUCAUACAUGGUUGUCUUUAUGUAACACGGUUUUUUAUCAUCUUACAGGUGCCAUAUUCAUAAUAAACUUCUCUUGGAUUUGUUACUA